GUUUGCUUUAAGGUCUCCUCCAUCACAGUUGUUGCCAUGGCAUCAGCAGCUCUGGAGCUGAUGGGCUUCUUCCUGGGCCUGCUGGGGAUGCUGGGCACCCUGGUCGCCACAGUGCUACCGUACUGGCAGAUCUCCGCCCACAUUGGCUCCAACAUUGUCACGGCCGUGGCCAACAUGAGGGGCCUCUGGAUGGAGUGCGUCUACCAGAGCACAGGGGCCUUCCAGUGCGAGACCUACAACUCCAUGCUGGCCCUGCCCUCCGAUCUACAGGCCUCUCGUGCCCUCAUGGUCAUCUCCCUUGUGCUGUCUAUCCUCGCCAUUGCCGUGGCGGUCCUGGGGAUGCAGUGCACUCUCUGCUUGGAGGGUUCUGGUGCGGUUAAGAGUCGUGUGGCAGGCGCCGGCGGGGGCUUAUUCCUUGCUGCGGGCUUCCUGGCACUCAUACCGGUGGCGUGGACCACGCAUGAGGUGGUCCAGACCUUCUACCGACCCAACUUACCUGCCAGCAUGAAGUUUGAGUUGGGGGAGUGUUUGUACGUUGGUCUGGCGUCUGCCCUCGUCUCCAUUCUGGGAGGGGGGAUGCUGUGUGUCUCAUGCUGCGAGGAGCAGGACGGCGGCCGUGGGAGACGGCACGGCGGGGGCUAUCCAUAUCCAGUAGGAGGCGGCAUGCCGGGCAUAGGUGUACGGACAACCUCACAGACCUACCGCAACCCCACCUUGCAAGUGGGAGGCAUCAACACAGCCAGCAGGGGGCAGACGCUGGUCCGCAGUACCAGUGGCAGCUCUCAGUUGAGUACACAUGGAGGGCAAGGAACCAAGAAGCCUACUGCAGCAGGAUAUGACAUCACAGGAUACGUCUGA